AUGUCACUGGUGGAUGCCCCUUUUCCAGUGGAAGCUCGAAAUUUUUUAGGCGAGGAGCUAAUCAUAGGAAGAUGCAAUUCUACUGACGAUGGAAGUCUAACUCGGGAUGAUGACGGUCCUUCGUCGGGACCCAUGCUUGACGACAUUCUUAAUUUUUUAACUAUUCGUUUAAAUACUACCACUUUGAUCCGGUACUACGGUAAGUUAGGGUUCCGAACAUACGAAGGUACAUGGACAGGCCUUUUGGGAGCAUUGAUGGACCAUUCGGUUGAUAUGGCACUUGAACCCGUAACAGUACAUGCCGCUAGACGUCAGGAUAUGGAUUUUAUAUUUCCUAUAGCAGAAACUAUGUGCAAUAUUUAUAUUCGACAACAAGAAACAUCUACUGUUCGGGAUAUAUUCUUGGCUCCAUUCAGCUUUCGCUUGGUAGCAUGUGUGGUGGCUGUAGGUCUUUUGGCUGCCGUUUCUAUCGUAAUCAUCAAUAGAAUAACUUCACCAUUAAGGGGUUCUGGAAGACGAAUAGACUACACAGAGGCAUUGAUAUGGUCUACCGGAAUACUUUGUCAACAAGGUAGUACGUGGACGCCAUCAAAUCCAGCUGCGAGCAUCCUACUCAUCGUGUGCCUAUUCUUCGCUGUAGUUACUUACAAUUCCUAUGCAGCCUUUAUUACAUCAGUUCUGUCCGUUCGAGUUGCGAGUGUCGAUACAAUAGCCGCUGUGUUGCACUCACCUGACUUCAAGAUUGGAUAUAUAAGAAAUGGAGCUGAUCAAAUGUAUCUUAUGUCCACAAAAGAUGUACAGCUUAAUGCUUUUUACAUCCGAGGUUAUUCGGAUGCAGAUAAUCUGGUGUCCUCGGCUGAAGAAGGCCUCACUCGGGCCGCUCAACAGGACUAUGCUUUCUUUGCUGGACAACGGGUAGCGCGAUCAACGCUUAGGUUACUCAGUCAAGCUCGAGGUCGAUGUGCGGUUAGAGAACUACCAAUAUAUUCAACUCGUGCGCAUCUCGCGUUUCCUUUGCCAAGAUACUCACCCUAUGCCAGACCUACUCUUGUCUAUCUGUUGCAGUUACGCAGCGGUGGGGCGCUUGCAAGAUUGGAAGCAGCGUUAGUACCUGAUAUGCCACAAUGUGCGCCCCCAGCUGGCUUUGCUUCAGCUAGGGCUACUGAUGUACGAUCCGCUCUUAUUUUGUUUACCGUUGGCCUCAUUUUUUCUCUGGCUUUAGGUUUCGGAGAAUAUUGUUGGAAAAACCGUCCCAGAUUGAGAACCCUUUUGAUUGCAUGCUACGACCGCUUAGUUAAUUUAAUUAUGCAGUGA